CAUUCGAACCCUGUACAAAGAGGUCAGGUGAAGACAAUAUUGGGGCUGUGAGGGGAUUUGACCAGCUUCAAGCACACUAGUGCAUGCACCAUGUCCUAGUCUCAUCCAUACACACGUGCUGAGUGCCUCACUUUAGGAUUUCUACUCCUACUAAUAUCUCUGCCAUGUGCCCAUCGAAAACACAGACGGUCGUGAGUGGUCACGUGAUCAGCCACCACGACAUGGACGGAAGUGACGCCGCGUCCAGCAUAAUCAAGCACAGCCUGUGUGUGUCGGCUUACCUCCUCUUGAUCUAUCUCAACGUCGUCCUCAUCGUCGACAGCGCGGACAACACCACAGUGCCCUACCCUUCCCAAACAUACGGGCUCCUCGGCUCGGCGCUUCUGUACAUCCUGCGCUUCCUGCCUCUUCUCCCUCUUCUGUUCUGCAUCUUCAACUUUCUGGGCAUCGUCUGCAUCAACACGUUCCCGGCGAAGCCCAAACUGCAGUACUCGCCAUUAGUCUGCUCGUUCGUGUGCUUUCGGGUCGUGACCCGGGGCCAGUACCGGACAUUAAUCCUAGACAACGUCGAGAAAAAUAUCGGCACGUGCGGGCGCGUGGGAUUGAAAAAUUUCAUGUUUGAGGUGGUGACAGACCAGACACUGAACCUGCCCAGCAUGGAAAGAGUGCGGGAGGUGGUGGUCCCAGCAGACUUUCGACCCAAGAACGGUUCGCUAUUCAAGGCCCGAGCCUUGCAGUACUGCCUGGAACCGGGCGUGGACACACUGGGCGACGAGGACUGGAUCGUGCAUCUGGAUGAGGAGACCCUCCUCACGGAGGACGCUGUUGUGGGCAUCGUUAAUUUCAUAUCCACUGGCAGCCGGCACCAGUUCGGGCAGGGCGUGGUGACCUACAGCAAGGUGCGCAUCGUCAACUGGCUGACGACACUGGCUGAAAGUGUGCGGGUGGGCUUCGACCUGGGCGUCAUCCGCUUCACCCUCAAGGUUCUGCACAAGCCCGUGUUUGGGUGGAAGGGCUCAUUCGUUGUGGCUAAAGCUGCUGCGGAGAGGAGCAUCUCGUUCGACCACGGGCCUGAGGCCUCGGUGGCGGAGGAUUGCUUCUUCGCCAUGGUGGCCUUUGCGCGCGGGUUCAGCUUCGACUUUGUGGAGGGCGAGAUGCUGGAGCAGAGUGCCUUCACUAUUCCCGAUUACCUCCGGCAGAGGCAGCGCUGGGCCCAAGGCAUCUUCCUCACGGCCUGCAGCAGCAAGAUACCGCUGCCUCACCGGCUAGGCCCCAUCCUCAUGUCGGCCACCGCCCUGACCGCCCCCUUCACCGCGCUGAACGUGCCUCUGGCGGUCGUCUGCCCCGUGCCCGUGUGGCCGGCCGUGAACGCAGCUUUCGCCUUCAUCUCCAGCACCCUCUUGUUCCUCUUCAUCCUGGGCACGGUCAAGUCUUUCAGCCCCAAACGAUACGGACUGUGGCGGUGUGGCUUACUAGUCCUGGUGACUGUUCUCACCUCUGUCGUGAUCCUUUUGCUGGAAAUGGUCGCCAUUCUAUUCGCCAUCUUGACGCCCUACAAGAAGGAGUUCUUUGUAGUACAGAAAGAGAGGCCGGCAGAAACAGAUCACGUUUAAUGUAAAUUGAAAUUAGCUUUGUUUGAUGUGGAUAGUGAUGAAAUUUUAUGUGGAUGUUGAUGGUGAUGAGGUUACAUUCGAUGCAAAUAUGGAUGUUGAUGAUGAGGUUAAGUCUGAUGUGAUGCUAACCCUAGAGAAAACAAAGGCAGUACAAGAUUGCACAAAUUUCAGUUUAUUUAUAGAGUCUAUAGGAGGUACCUAAUUUUUGUCAUUUAUUUUUGAUUUUGUUGAUUGACUUUCAGGCUUUUACAGGUUGUGUGUUGUGUAAUGAUGCUGGGGAUGGGAAGCGAGGCCAGACUCUAGGAACUGUGUAUCAGCGGGUAUGUGACACUGCAGGUUCAAGUGGUGGAUUGUGGAAGCAAGUGGCUUGAUAUAAACAGUGAAUAAAAGAGCACAGAGCCUUGACACAUUCCGUAAUUGAAAGGAGCAGGUGUAAGAUGUUUGGUAUACUACCACAGACAAGGUGCAAUCAGUCAGGCAGGACUGAAGCCAGUUCAAAACAUAGUGACAGAGACAGUCCUUCAGUUUCAGUCCUUCGGGACUUUCCUUCAAGAUAUCUGCAUGGAAGUCGAUGCCACUGUGGGCAGAAGAAUAUGACCACAAAACAUAAACAAAAUCAAGGAGACCCGCUCCCCUCAGUCUGCUAGGCGAAGGGACAGAACUCUCGCGAUCAGCAUUCAUUAUAUUAUCUCCACUUGACAGACUUGAUAAAUAAGUCUGGGAAAAAACUCACUGGUGGUCAUCGUUACCCAAAAUGAUUCUUCUGUAGUACAAAUUAAAAUAUAAUUAUGCA